UUCCCCUUUCGGGUUCCCGACGUCGGGGGCCCGAUCGAGUCCGAAGUCCCAUUAUGGGUUCUCCUGCUGGGGGUGACGGACCAGGCGUUUGUCAGUAAGGCACACCCAUAUGAUGUCUGCCAAGGCACAUAUGGGACUGUAUCCAUUAUUAUCCGUAUUGAUGCAGAGUCUCGCCCCCAGCUUGAAGACCAAAUUCCCUUUGCGGAAGGUGAUUAACACGUCAGCUCAAUCGCGGCUUAGAGACCAGAUUCCCUUUCUAGAAGGUCACUAUCAGGUCCAGCUCUCCUUCUUGCAGACCAAAUUCCCUUUCCAGGUGAUUAUCGGGUCGGCUCUCCAGCCUAGAGACCAAACCCCCUUCCUGGAGCGAUAUCAUUAACGAUCAAGCCUUAUGGUGUUUCCGAACCGGCGUUUACAGGUGGAGACCAGUUCCUGGAAUACGAAUACGCUUCAUAGACACACGUGCUGGAUAGUCUUGAAGGCCA